CUUCACGGCGGAGUGUGAGCGGGAGAAGCGCGUCUGGAUGGAGGCGCUGCAGGACGCCAUCGCCGAGACGUUGUCGGACUACGAGGUGGCGGAGAAGAUCUGGUCGAACCGCUCCAACAGGACGUGUGCCGACUGCCGGGCGCUGAACCCGGACUGGGCCUCCAUCAACCUGAGUGUCGUCAUCUGCAAGAACUGCGCCGGGCAGCACAGAGGUCUGGGAACGAUGGUGUCAAAGGUUCAGAGUCUGAAGCUGGACACGAGCGUGUGGAGCAACGAGAUCGUCCAGGUGAGUUCAGCUCGGAGG